AUCCUAUCAUUUUUGCCAAGGCAUCAAUUGAAUACAGAAGAAGGAAGGAAGGAGGGAAUGCAUAUGACAGAUCGAAGGAAGGAUAUACCAUGGGAAGGGGCAGAAAAUCCAGUCAUCUCGUAUUACUCGUAUACGUUGUAUGUGCACACACUAUUUUUGUAAGUACGAUCGGAUUCUGUUGCUAUGUCCUACGCAUUAACUGGAAUGUACUUUAUAGCGCCUUCGCCUGUCAAACCGUUUCUACCGCACCGCUGAGCUUUUCGGCGAUAGCAGUGCUCAAAAUCCCAGCUUCCACGCACCCUUUAAUAGUUUUUCGGCAAACAGUAACUCUAGUAUGAGUUCCUCUUCUACUGUUCGCGUCGGCGUUGGCUGUUUCGUCAAAUGCGUCAUUGACAACAAUGUCAAGAUUCUAAUAGGAACACGGAAAGGAUCGCAUGGAGCUGGAGCAUGGCAACUGCCAGGAGGUCAUUUAGAAAUGAAUGAAUCAUUUGAAGAGUGUGCACGGCGCGAAGUACUCGAGGAAACCAAUAUGGAAAUCGACGACAUUGCCUUUUUGACGGCAACGAAUGAUAUCAUGGCCAGCGAACAGAAGCAUUAUGUCACUGUGUUUAUGCAGGCCACUGCAAAAGAUCCAAGCACGUUACGUGUCAUGGAGCCUCACAAGCUUGAUGGGGAGUGGCAGUGGAUUGAAUUUAAGGAUCUGAAUCAGUAUGCGCCGCUUUUUACGCCCUUGACAAAUCUCUUAAAGUCGACUCAACAUAAUGUGAUUUCCGAAGCUCUAUCCUCCAUCUGACGACUCCCUUUUCUUUUCCUUCACUCCACGAGCAUCUUCGAGACUACGUACACAACUUAAACCUGUUACUACAGCAUUUAAAUGUAUAUCCAUCUGUCCAUGCCUAUAAAAGUAGAAUCUAACAUAAAUGGUCUUUCGCAGAAUUUUUCUGUUUUUUUUUUUUU